UUUCUUUCUGCCUCCGUAGUCCAAACUCCAAACCCCCUCAACGCGGAAGGCCGGCCAAACCCUCGAAACAGGCAACAAUGGCGGGCGACUCCCCCUCCUUCCGCCGCCACCCACUCCCCUUCUCCAUCGACCUCCUCCGUUGGCUCCCUUCCUCCACCUCCUCCGCCCGCCUCAUCGCCGCCGCUGUCCACGAUCCCACCAUCCCUGCCUCCUCCCACCUCCACCUCCUCUCGCUCCCCGACCCCGCCUCCCCGCUCGCAUCCCUUCCACUCCCCUCCCGACCCACGGCCCUCCGCUGCUCCCCCUCCGUCCUCGCCGCCGCCACCUCCUCCGGCUCCCUCCACCUCCUUCCCUCAUCCUUCGACACCGACUCCGUCAUAUCCAUUCCCAGCGGCGCGGGUUUCCACGUGGGACCCGUGCGCGGGCUGGACUGUGGCGGCGAGGAGUGGGUGACGGCCGGGGAGGACGGAAGGGUGCACCUAGUGUCGGAUGGCGGAGACGGGAGGGUGGUGGCGAGGAGGGUCUGGGACGGGAAGGGGAUGCUGGGGUACGAGACGGCGAGAUGGGCGUCGUCUGCAGAGUUCGCCACCGGUGGCGCCGGCUGCGGCGUGCAGUGGUGGGACCGGAGGAAAGGGGACGCCGUCGUGGCGCAGUGCAAGGGCAUCUGGGGCCGUGGUGUUGCCGCCGGCAUAGUGCAUUCCAUUGAUAUUCAUUCAUCAAGAAAACAUAUCUGUGUGGUGGGAGGCUCUUCGGGGGCAAUAUUUGCUUGGGAUCUACGCUGGCCACAGCAGCCAAUACCACUCUCUGGUGUAGGCUUGCACGAGACAGCAGAACCAGUCUGUGAGAGUGAGGUCUGGGAGGUUCUUUUUGAUAACUACACACAGUCAUCUGAUAUUAUUUCAGCUGCCUCAACAAGAAUAUUGCCUGUGAUGAUGUGCUCAGAGGAUGGAAUCCUUGCAAUUGUCGAACAAGAUGAGAGGCCCCUUGAAUUGCUUGCCGAACCCUGUGCUAUCAACUCCUUUGAUAUUGAUCCUCAGAACCCUUCUGAUGUGGUUUGUGCCCUGGAAUGGGAAUCAAUAGGUGUGCUUACACGUGGAAGGGACGCAAUGGCAGGAGAAUGAAGACUUCCAUUCUCCGGUAGUCUCAUCAAAAUGUCCCUGUAUAAUUUCCUUUAGUUGCCUGAGGUGCAACUGGGCAAGAAAUCAGGGUAAGUAUCUUCUGAGGAUACUGACAUGCCACCCUUUUGUUACUCGUAAUGGAAAAGGUGUGUUCGGCUAUUUUGUUUGUGGCUUUUUGUAAAGCCUUUGAUGUACCGUGGAAGUGUGACUAGGUGAUUUGAAGAAACUGUGUUGUUUGUAAUUGCGGAUUGCAUACUAUGGUGUAAAUCUGGUUUAUAUGUAGCUGUGUAAUGGUGUUCAGUAUUGGUCA